UGUUUCAAAUGCAUCAAUCUCUCUAACAUAUCUCUUCUAAGUUGUAACCCCAGUUGAGAACUUUCCACCUUUCAUUUCUCACCUCUCUCUCUCUCUCUCUGGAUAUAUCAUAUAUCAUAUAUCAUAUCACCUUCCCCUAUUACUACUACUACUACUGUUGUGUGACCUGAGACUUGUUCCAAGCACAGCAUUUAUUAUUAUUCUUCUAUAUAAGUAUACUAUAUAAGAAAGAGGGUAUCAAAGCCAUAUCAGAAAACACAAAGGAAUAAUAAUAUAUUGCGGGGGGUGUUGUGUUUGUUACUCAUAUUGGGUCUCGUUCUGCUUCUCCAUAGGGAAUUACAUUUAUUACCACUCUUUUGUUAGCUAUCACUACCAUACGUAAUGUUUGUCACCCUCAUACACGCCCUAAGGUAGCAGCACUAGCACCGGCAUUUAAUUAACACGACUUCUACUUUGAUCACUGCUCAUCAGCUUUCAUCAUGGAGAGGCUCCAAGGACCCCUCAAUUCCUGUUUCUUUGGAGACCCUUUGGGAGUGAAUUGUUUGGACCAUGUUCUGGUGGAUGAAGAAAGCCUGAGACUAGAAGAGGAAGAACAUCUUCUGAUAUCAAGCUUAGAGGACAACAUGCCAUUCCUUCAGAUGCUUCAGAGUGUGGAAUCCCCACAGUUUUUCCCUUUGAAAGAGACAAACUUUCAAACACUUCUGAGGCUGCAGCACAAGAAGAAUCCAUGGGAGGGAAUAGCCUAUUUUCCAAGAAUGGAAGCACAACAAGUGCAAGCAGCAUUGGAGCUAGAGAGUUGUGUGACACAUGACAUGUCCGAGAUGCAGUACUCACCAGUGAAGUCAGAAAGCAAUGAGCUCCAACACCCACUUUCAGUUUCAUGUUUUGAGAAGAAAGUGAACUAUGAGUGCAACCAGGAACCACAGAAAGUUUCACAAACAUGCCCCAAAUCUCAGCCAACAGCAACAAAGGAAAGGAGAAAGAGAAAGAGAACAAGGCCAAGCAAGAACAAGGAAGAUGUGGAGAACCAACGCAUGACUCACAUUGCUGUUGAACGCAACCGGCGACGCCAAAUGAAUGACCACCUCAGUGUUCUUAGGUCCCUCAUGCCACCUUCCUAUAUUCAAAGGGGUGACCAAGCCUCAAUAAUUGGGGGAGCAAUAGAUUUUGUGAAGGAGUUGGAGCAGUUGCUUCAGUCCCUUGAGGCACAAAAAAGGACGAGAAAGAAUGAAGAGGGUGGUGGUGGUGGUGGUUCUUCUUCUUCUUCCUCUUCCACUAUGUUGUGUAAGCCUCCACCACCACCAUUAUUAUUAUUAUCAUCACCACAUGGCUAUGGAAUGAGGUCAUCACCUAGUGAUGAAGUGAACUGUGGAGAUGAAGUGAAGGCAGAAAACAAGUCAGAGGCAGCAGACAUAAAAGUGACAUUGAUUCAAACCCAUGUGAACUUGAAAAUUGAGUGCCAAAGGAAGCCAGGGCAAUUGUUAAAGGUCAUUGUUGCUUUGGAGGACCUUAGGCUAACCAUUCUGCACCUCAACAUCACUUCCUCAGAGACUUCUGUCCUUUACUCCCUCAAUCUCAAGAUUGAAGAAGAUUGUAAGCUAUGUUCAGCAAGUGACAUUGCAGAAACGGUUCAUCAAAUAUUCAGCUUCAUUAAUGGUGUAGCUAGAGACCACUAGCUCCAACCUUAGGGAGUGGUAGCAGAAGAAUAAAGGACGAAUCAUUGCAAGGAAGAUGGGGAAACGGGGAACACAGGGCACCCAUUUCUUGUCUACAUUUCAAUGAGAUGUAUAAUGUUAGGUGGUAGCUCAGAGAUUAUAGAUGAUGAUGGUACUGCUGAAGGAGGAUAAGGCAUGUGGUGAUAUAUUAUUUGCUCUGCUCAAAUGUAUUCUCGUGUUAUAAUUAAAAAUGCUACUAUAGUUUUGUUGCAUGAUAUUAUGGUGAAUUGCUUGUUAAUUUUUUUUGUUU